AUGGUCUUUUGGUGCAUACUUGCUGAAAAAAGAUCCUGAAAAAGAUGACCUGCCCAUCCAACAACCUAGCUCCAGUUCUUCUAAUCAUUUUCAAGUCAAUGCCGAUCAAUCAACUGAAAGAACUCCUCUACGAACUUCAAACCAAAUGUCUAGUAACAACGAUCAAAUAACUGAAAGAACUCCUCUUGCAA